AUGGCCUACCGAACAACCGAGCGCGACCGCGACCGCGACCGCUACGAGCACCCACGCUUCGACCGGUUCAGCGACGCGCGGGAGCGUCUCGAAUCCGCCGACGACGACGGCCCACACGUCUACACACGGCGCAGCGGGCGCGGCCGCCGCGACGACGAACCACCCCUCUCCGCCACCGCGCGCCUGCCGCCGCCGCCGCCGUGGGAACGGCUGGCGGAGAGGGAGGUGCGGGAAGGGUUUAGAGAGCGGGAUGAGAGUGCUGUGGGGCCGGCGCCGCCGAUUAUGGAGCGGGAUCGGGAGCGGGAGAGGAGGUAUAGGGGUGUGGAUGAGGAGGUGGAGUUGGAGGGGGGGGAUGGGAGGGGCGGGGUCGUGUUGAGGGAGCGGGAGAGGUCGAGGGAGCGGAGGAGGGUCGUGUAUGAUGAUAGUGAUGAGGGGUCGCUGCCGCCGCGGCUACGGAGGCCGGUGUCGCCCCCCGAGGUGGCGAGGUCGAGGCGGGUGGUCCGGAGCCCGUCGCCGGGGUUUGGGGGAAGGCCGCCGAUGUUGGUGCGCAGGCAGUCGAGCUUGGAUACUUUUGAUCGGAAGCCCGCGGGGAAGAGGUACUGGGAGAGGGAGAGGGGGGAGGAGUAUGGCCCGCCGGCGAGGAGGAGCGAGCAACGCGUGCCGCAUUAUGUUGAUAUCCCGCUGCCGAGGACUAAGGCGCUGCCGCCGCCGAGGGGUAAACAGCUAACACCGCUAGGUGAACUCGAACUCGUCACGGCUCGCUCGAGCGCAGGCGACAUUAUCGAGGAACGCAUCGAACGGCGAACCGAGAUCUACGAGUCCAGCCCUGCUCCGCCGCCGCCUAUGGCCGCCCAAGUCAUCCAUGGCGGCUCGGGUCCCCUCAUCGUCGAUGCCCACCCUCCGCACCACCACCACCACCCGCCCGUCGACGUCGUCAAAACCACCGUCGUCCGCGACGUCUCGCCCGCCCGCUACACGACGUCCUCCUACGACACGUACGACACCACCUCCUCCUACGACACCUACACCAGCAGCGCCCCCACCAUCGUGCUCGACUCCCGCUCGCGCGAGGUAUCAGGCCACGUGCCCGUCGGACCCGUCGCGCUGGCUGGCGACCGCCACCACCGCCACCACCGCCACGAGUCGGACGACCUGCGGUCCGAGAUCCGGCACCUGGAGAAGGAGCUGGCGCGGCGCGAAAGCCGCAGCCGCCACCGGCACAGCCAUAGUCGUCACCGCAGCAUGAGCCGCGGCGACUUGGUGCGGGCCGAGCGCCUCGGCACCGGCGAGCUCGUCCUCUACGAGGAGGAGAUCGAGCCAGAUCCCAGGAACCCACCCGUGCUGGGUCCCCGCCUCGAGAGAGAUAAGCGAGGUAGGAUGUCUAUUAGUGUGCCGAGGUAUCGGUAG